AUGAACAAGUACUUUGACGAGUUCUUCGACGACAGCUCUGGUCGCAAGUGCGCAUGUGUCCGAUGCCUAAGCUGUGGCUUUGUUCGAGCCAAAAAUACAACCCGCCAGGCGGAACAUCUCGCUGAAUGCAAGGAGUUCCUGUCAACUACUGAAGGACAAGAACUAUUGAUGAAAGAAAACCUGGCCCGAAACGAACAGCAAAAUCAGAACUCGGGCGUUUGGAAUGGUGCGAAACCAAAUCCCAAUCUCGUGGUCAAUGGUCUCGGUUUGAAUCAACCUCGUGGUGGAACUACCACUAACACUCUCGGCCCAAACCCUUCGUUAGCCAACCAUUUACUGGAUCAAACUGAAGAUGCACUAAUGGGUGCUAGUCGUCACAUCUUCUUGAUGCACGCAGGUUGUGGAUCGCUCACUAAGGAUGCUCUUAACCAGUGGCUCGCACAAAUUGGAUAUAUCUCGCGGUCACUAAUCUCCUUUACCGGAACACUUAUAGGCAAGAUCCGUAUACCGGAAACCCCUGACCUAGAACUUGAUUCAACAUUUCGUUGCCUAGACUUGCUAUGCUCUGCGGUAAACAAUACGAAAAAAGAGUUGGAAUUCCUUGAAGCUGCUAAGCGGAAAUAUGGGCUAGGAGUGAAGUUUGAUGAACCUAGACCACCUACCAAAGGUUUCAUCGAUCUAUUUAACAGUGCAUCAUGCCCGUCUGCAACGCUACUUGAGGGAAUGGUUAUGCUCUGGGCCAUCGAGUUACUUUUCUACCGCUCCUUCUCCUACGCAGGCACAUUCGUCAAUCAAUCGACAUCACGGAUAACACAGCAAGAUACCCACUACCUUCCUUCUUCCUCCGUCCCUUUUCAGACACCGGCGAUACCUUGGCGCGGCCAAGCACAGACUAGUAACGACCAUAACCGGGCCCUCCGCGAAGCACUUAUCGAAAACUGGAAAUCAGAAAAUUUUGGCUGCUUUGUAGCCGCAUGCAAGUCAAUGGUCGAUGAGCUUGUCAAUGUCCAGACCUCAAAGAAUGGUGGCGCAGAACUGUUAGCCUGUGAACGUGUUUUCAAGCAGGCUAUCUGGCUAUGGGGUCAACUGUUUCCUGAAGUUAUGGUCCUGGGUGAGCAGGAUAAUUUUCACGACAGACAGAACAUCCAGGAGGACGAAGAAAAUAGCGCGAUGAAUGGAACUGACUCGGCUGAUGAUUCUCCCGAGGUUGAUGACGAACGUAAUGCGCGUGCCUCUAUUCAUUCACUGUAA